CUAAGCCUUAGUCUAUAUGGUUGAAGAACUCGAACGGCAUAAAUGAAUUUCAAAUAACAUGCUUUCGAAAAUGGAUUCCAAUGUUUCAGAAGAGGAAGAUUUGAGCUGCGACUCCUCCGACAGUUGUGCAAUUUCCUUGAGCGGCCGUCUCGAGAAGAACAAGGGUCAUAGCAUGCAAGUUCUUUCCCAGCUUGAGAUGCUUCGAAAAGAUGCAUGUGAGCUUGAUUAUGGAAUCAACGCAGUAAUUUCUUGUGAAGAGAGGCAAAAAUCUAUAUGUAUUGAGGAUGAGAUCGAAUUUCCUGCCUUCAACGACGAGGCUGAUACUGUUCAUCAUCUAAGAGCGUCAUCAGUUUUAGAAUUGGAUGAAGAAAACAUCCAUGAUCGAAGAGUGGCAUCUAUGUGCAAUUCAGAUGAAGAAACCAUGUCUAAUGUUGAGAGAUUUAGUCUGCCUGCUGUUGGGAAUGUAAUAAGAUAUGAGGCAAGAGAUACAUGGUCUGAAGCAAAUAGAGAAGUUCAGGCAUUACUCCGGUUGAAUAAUAGUGCUUUACCUUCCAAAGUAAAGAAAUCCUCCAAAGAUAGCCGGAUCAAAUUGAAGCCCAAAUAUUUGUUACAUUUCCCCUCACAGAAAGAAGAUUUUCCUUUAGUUGUCAGUGAUGUAAAUGACAUUGACAAUUCAGUUACUGACUGCCCACAUGGUACAAAGUCAGAUAGUAGUACAAAUGUAGAUUUGCAUAAAUCAAUGGCUGAGGCCCUUGAGAUUUUCAAAGGAGGAGAGGUAGAACAACCUUUGAAUCAUAUGAUCCCAUUUGGUGGGCUAAUAUAUCAUGAUUGCAGCGAGAAUUCAGGGGCUAAGUUCCAGGAUGAUUUACAGGAGAAAAGUGGUCAACCACUAGGAAGUUAUGAAAUGCCAAGUAGGUUGCGAGGAAGAAGAGCACAUUUUUCUGUCACUAGAAGUGUCUAUCCGCAAGGUGGUAUAAACAUACAGGUGGAUAGCUUACUGAAUGGUGAACCUUCAGCUGAUGAUGAGAGUGCCUCUUUGCGAUGCCCAAAACCUGGCUUUCAGAGACAAACCAUGGCCGAUUGGUUUCAUGAAGCUUUGGGAGGCAUAUCCCGGAACCAUAUGACAUCAGAGGUCAAAAUUCACAGACAAUCUGGGUCUGGGUUGUUUGAGAAGUUACAGCAGGUGAUGCAGAGUGAGAAAGAAAGAGAUAUAGACUUCUUGGAGAGCUCUAAUUUAAAUGCUAUUUCAACAGAUGGAAGAAGCUGCAUUGAUAUACGAAUUCUGUCUAGGUGUCUUGAGGCCAAGCUUACUGUUUGUUGUUGUUCUCUUGUACGACAUGAAGAGAUCCCGGAUUUGGUCAAUAACUUCCAUAAAAGAAAGCAGAUUGGAGGAAGAACCUUGAUGGUCAUAUUUAGCUCAAGAGUAUGUGAUGAUAUUGCACUUGAAGUUGGGAACCUAAUUCGCAUACAGCCACCUUGGUUCUUGGUGCCUGUGAGAAUUUGCCUGUUUGUUGAAUAUUAUUGUAUACAUUGUGAAGCUGAGCUAAUACGUGGUUAUAAAAGGUGAAAUGGUUCAAGCAUGAAGAGUGUAGUGAUAAAUUAGAGCAAAUUGCCCAAAUAACCACUCAACUUUUAACUUUGUAUGCUUUUGGUCCUCCAACUGUUAAAAGUUUAAGCUUACCCACUGAACUCAAUAAAGUAUAUAUUUCUUGCCA